ACGGCGGUGAAACCACGACUUAGGAAAGGUGUCCACUUCGUCAAGCCCAGUGUCAACAGGUGGACUCCAGGCAAAUUUGUGGAUAUGGCCUGUCCAAAUUGCACCUUGCGUACCGUCAUUAUCAUGUCGCGACACUGAUAUUCGGCGGUUUGUGGCUGAUACCCGUCCGGAACGUCGCCAGCAGGACAUGUCGCCGGACGCGGACGAGGCGAGUGGAACGCGCUGUGACGGGCAAAACACCUGUCCGAGCUUAGGCUUACUGUGAACAGCGAUCAACAACCGUCAUCAACGUUUACGUGUGCUUAGUGCCCAGUUGCCGAUCGGCGCAGCUAGCCUUGUUACUAAAUUAUUUUCCAAGUUCUCCUGCCGAUCCGCGUUGUCUGCGGACACCCAGCGACAUCGGGACCCAUGAAUCGAGCGCUCGUCAUGCCUGCCAAAGUUUCACGAAAGGUUGCAACCAUGAUCAUUCGAAGUAGGAAGUCCAUCAUGAAGGAUGGCUUCAUCACUUCGGGCUUCGGAGAGCCAAGCGUCUACCACGCCGUGGUUGUGAUCUUCCUAGAGUUCUUUGCCUGGGGUCUCCUGACGACACCCAUGAUCACAGUUCUCAACGAAACCUUCCCAAAUCACACUUUCCUUAUGAACGGGCUCAUCAUGGGAAUCAAGGGCUUCCUGUCUUUCCUGAGUGCGCCGCUGGUGGGGGCGCUCUCGGACGUUUGGGGCCGCAAGUUCUUCCUUCUCGUCACCGUCUUCUUCACAUGCGCCCCGAUCCCGCUCAUGCUCAUCAACACCUGGUGGUACUUCGCCAUGAUCUCCAUGUCGGGCGUGUUCGCCGUCACCUUCUCCGUCGUGUUCGCCUACGUCGCCGACGUGACGGACGAGCAGGAUCGCAGCGCUGCGUACGGCCUGGUGUCGGCCACGUUUGCCGCCAGCCUGGUGACCAGCCCGGCCCUGGGGGCCUACCUGGGCCACAUGUACUCGGACGGGCUCGUGGUGGCUUUGGCUUCGGCCAUCGCGCUCCUUGACGUGCUGUUCAUCCUCGUGGCGGUGCCGGAGUCGCUGCCGGAGAAGCUCCGGCCCGUCGGGUCCUGGAGCUCGCCGAUCUCGUGGGAGCAGGCCGACCCUUUCUCGGCCCUGCGGAAAGUGGGCAAGGACCCGAUGAUCCUGAUGCUGUGCGUGACGGUCUUCCUGUCCUACCUGCCCGAGGCCGGCCAGUACUCCUGCUUCUUCGUCUACCUGCGCCUGCUGAUGGGGUUCUCGGCCGAGGAAGUCGCUCUCUUCAUCGCUGUUGUGGGACUUCUGUCUGUCAUUGCACAGACGAUGGUGCUGACGCUGCUGAUGAAGACUGUGGGCAGUAAGCACACCAUCAUGGUUGGUCUGCUGUUCGAGAUGCUCCAGCUUAUGUGGUAUGGCUUCGGCUCUCAGCGCUGGAUGAUGUGGUCGGCCGGCGGCCUAGCAGCCGUAGCCAGCAUUUCGUACCCAGCCAUCAGUUCCUUCGUGUCAACGCAUGCCGAAGCAGACAAACAGGGACUGGUGCAAGGCAUGAUCACGGGCAUGCGCGGCCUCUGCAACGGGCUGGGCCCGGCCGUGUUUGGCUUCAUCUUCUACCUCUUCCACGUGGACCUCAACGAAGCCCCUCCGCCCAGCGGAACGGGGGCACAGGCCAACGGAUCCCUCGUUCCAAACGAGAUCCGGUUUGUGCCGGGACCACCCUUCGUCUUCGGGGCCCUGCUGGUCAUGCUGGCCCUGCUGGUGGCAGCCUUCAUUCCGGACGAGCCUUCCCCCUCUUCCACCUCCUCCUCGAGCGGAUCGUCAAGCUCGCGCAGCGGUUCCGGCGCUAUGCGUCCGCACGCGUCGGUGCGAACGGGCGGACUGGAGCUGUUCCACCACGACGUGGUGCACAAGCGUGGUGGCGACUGCGGCACCUUGCCCCUGAUGCACGACACGGACCCAUUAUAGCGUGCGGCGACUUGCGAUUCCAUGGCUGCCAUAGUGUCCCCACCCGUCGCAUCGUAACGUGUGCUCCUACAGUCCGACCGCCGUAGCCACGACGCCGGAUGCGCAGUUGGACCGCUGCUACGCAACCAAACGUCGUCCGGUUGCGGACUCGGCAUCGCAAUCGUUAUGGGCAUCUCGGAGCAGUCACUUCGUCGAUGUAUGCCAGGCUCGCAAUCGCCGCCGAAACGUAGUGCAACAAGAGUUGCGGCUACCAAGCGCAGCCGUAGCCGUCAUCGCUAUGGCCUUGUUGCGGCACGGCGCACGUGCCACAGUCCUCCAAGCACUGUUUGACUGGGAGCACGGCGAGCGAGCCGUCACAAUUGCACACGUCUUGCUGCCGUUGCAUUGUUGCUACACCCUCGGCACACCGUGCCCGUGAUUGUCGAAGAGGUGACUACACUUUGUGUCGACUAUAUUGUGCUACGUUCUCAGGGCUUGCGCAGCAUCCAGAGCCCUUCUGCUGCGAGAGCGUGCGGCUUUGUCUCUCAUCUCCUUCGUGCUGACUCUCGUGCGAAGGGGGCGCAUUGAGGCGUUGCAAAAGCUACGCUAGCCUUGACAGCAUACCUCAAAAUGGUUGACGCCGAGCGAAGAGGUAACGGCUCCCACGGCUGCAAAACUUACAGCCACCAAAUACACCAUUCGAUCCGGCAAAGCUGCCACGACGAGGCAGGCGCUGUGUCCUCACUUUAUGCUGGUUGUGGCAUCCUGCACAUAGCUUAAUUUGUGGCGCUCCCGUAACCGACACAGCGGCUGAUCAUUAACGCUAAUGAAAGUCCACGCUCGUAUCGUGAACCGACGGUCGCCGCGUGCGCGUAUGUCUGCCGACUUGUUUUCUAGUGGUGUUUUCUCACUUUUUGUUUUUCUGAAGGGGUCUGUGUGUCGGUGCAUUAGUUUCUGACCGUCUGGUUUGUGAUGCUGCUUGCGUGGGAUUUGCAGGCUUGUGGCGGCACUCCCAAGGUCGUCGCAUGUCGGUUGUGCUCAUUUCUUGCGGUGUAAAAAAAACAAAAAACGCACAAUGUUCUCCAUUGGUGUCGCUCGUCGUCAUCCGAACGCUCUUCGCAGGACCGGAUCGAAACCAAGUGGCCAGUCGGCUAGCUAGACGGCUGGCUUCCUCGACGCUGGGACCACUAAUCGCCUUCUCGGUUAAGCACGAACAGUUCAUAUCUCGGUUUUCUCCUAGUCAGGGGUCACCCAGGGGCCAGCGGAUCAACCUCCGGCAUGAAAGCCCGGCUGUCCCGGCGAGUUCCAUUUGCCCCAACCUUUUUCUCACCCUUCCACCUCGUAAAGUGCCGCCCUCCCUUUAUCGGAGGUGGAAGCUUUCUGGUUGUUUUCUCGCAUCACCCCCGCGUGUCUACGAUCGUUUUCGCCGAAUCUUUUAUGUUUGUCUCAUGGAAAGAAUGUUUGCGUGUGUCUCUGCGUUUCCAAAACGCGAGCGUGUCCGGUCUGGUCACUCCGCGGUCGUCCGGAUUUCCCGACGACCGACCACUCUCUCAGGGGCGACACUAGCUCCCUCCAGCGUUUGCACCGUCUUUUGUUCGGAGCCCACCACUCGGGGGCUUCGCCCCUCGACACUGCAUUUCUAUUUUUUUCUCCUCUGCGGUACCGCCAGGAACGUGCACAGAGUUCUGAAACGGGGAGGCAGGACGAUUUUCGCCACUCCAGCGUAGACGCAGAUACUGCCAUUUCAGAAGCGAGAUGCCAAACGCGGUGGCCCGACUCGCGGACUGGGCGAAACGCAUAUCACCAACCGACGCGCGUUGCCUAGAAUCUUUAGUAGCGGCGCUCGCCUUCUUUUAGAAACGCGUCUGUUUUGUGUCUCUUUUUUUUUCUCCUUUCGGCACUGGCAUUUCUGCUUUGGUAUUAGAUGAACGAUGACUUUACCCUAUUUUUGUCGACGCGAACCAAAGACUUUUGAACCUGGCUUCGUGUACAAAGUGCUGGCGUGCGUUGUCGGAACGCUUGUGCGCGUUUAUUAUUUUUCUUGUCUGGAAUGGGAAGUUUCUCCGUAGCCAUUAAAAGAAAAUCGAUAACCCGGAA